AUGGUCCUGGAUUUCAAGGAGAAGCAGGCAGUGCGCAUUGCCAUAGCAGGCGCACAGACCCUCACGGCAGAGGAGAAAGCAGACUUUACUGUUGCUGCGAUGCGUGAGCCGGGCCUGCUUGAACACUUGCAUCCUUACGUCAGAUUGGCCAAUUUCGGCGAUCACCUGCUUGCCUUGUUCGACAGUGCUGUCAGCAAGGGUGAGAAUGUUCUAUCAGCAAAAGGUAGCCAUGAGGGUACCUUUGAAGUAAUGGAGGCUCUUUCGCCCACCGGUCCUGCUGGUGGCGUCUUCAAGGUGCUUGGCAUUGAUGGGCCUUGGGCCGACAAUUUUCUCGUCCUCAGACACGGUGGCGACCCGGCAAUGUUGGAGAUGCGCCAUCGCUUUCACAAGGACUGCAUUGAGUGGCACCAGGUAAUUCGGGAGCGAGAAGCCGUUUUAGCGUUGCAAGGCGCUGGCUGGCCGUAUCUUCCACGGAUGCUUUUGGCUGGGAGCUUGCAGCUCUUCCCCCAGGCGCCUGCUGGUUGCCUUAGUGGGGCCCCUGCAGUCCUCACAGAGCUGGCAGGACGCCCUCUGGUGGCUGAUAGACAGGUGCCCGUGCUCCCGCCGCAGAAGCUUAUCGCGCUGGCUUCAUGUGGGCUGACGGCCGUCUGCGAGCUGAGGGAGCGGGGAAUAUGGCACAACGAUUUAUGCCCCCGCAACAUCACUGUCCAGGCUCCUGACUCCGAGGGCAGUCCUACGGCCUACACCUUUGUUGACUUGGGCUACUCCUCAAGCCCGAACCUAGAUAGCCCAAGUCUGCGCGACGAGCUGGAUGCGUCAAAGGGGGAGAUGCCAAGCAGUCUCUCGCCCAUCACUGACCUCAUGUAUGGCUCGGUGCAAGCACUUGCCGAGGAGGAGCUCCGCCCCAGCUCAGACUUACAGUGCCUGGCGUUUACACUGAUCAAGCUAUCAGGUGCUGUGCUGCCGUGGGAUGCGGCUGCAAGGGCGGGGCAUCAAAGGGAAGCACUGCAGAUGCGAUUGAACCUCAUUAAGGAUGAACCUGCUGGCGCGCGGAGCCUGCUGGGUUGUUUGCACCCCAUCAUUGGGCACUUUGUCUCUUGGGUGUUGGACCAGGCUGAGGAGGCGUUCCUAGAUCCCAGCAGCCAGUCCAGCUGGCGCACCAGGCUGCAGGAGGCGGCAGCGAACUCCUGCAGCGGAACAUGCCUCAAAAGCAAGCCAUUGCCGAUGCUAGCGCGUUGCUCUUGA